UGAAAGAGGCAGGACUUCCUAUACUUUCCCGCCGGGCUGCCGGAACUGACUACCGGAAGAGACUUCCGGCGACUCAGCUUUUGCGGAGGCUGGAAAAGUUGCGAGUAGCUGUACUCUGCUCGCAAGAUGCCGGGUCUGGCGGCCUCGAGCCCUGCCCCUUCUGAGACUCAGGAGAAGAAGCCGCUGAAACCCUGCUGCGCCUGCCCGGAGACCAAGAAGGCGCGCGAUGCGUGCAUCAUUGAGAAAGGGGAAGAACACUGUGGACACCUAAUUGAGGCCCACAAGGAGUGCAUGAGAGCCCUGGGAUUUAAGAUAUGAAAUGGUGAGCAUGGUACUCUCUGAUUGAGAAGGUGGUCUGCUCUGUGAAUGAAUAAUUCCUGAAGAAUGAAGAUGAUUUAAUAAUUUUGGAGUUUUUUAAUGAACUUUUAUAAACGGAAAAAGUAUCUAUAAUUAAAAAAAAGGAAAUUGCAUGGUCAAAUAUCUUUAGGUGUGUUUCUUGAGUUCCUCACAUUCUCACACAGCUCUUAAUUAUUUUUCUUAAAGUUUAUAAAAUAAACACAUCUUACAAUAUAAA